GCGGCCAGACGCAAACCUAACCUCCUUAAACUAAUAAAAAAAAACAAUUACAAAAAAUAACCAGCCAGUUCCAUUAUUAAAACCCAAACCGUGUGAUAGAAAAUGAACGGAUCAAUAGGCAAAGGCGGCGGCGGUUGGCGGGCGGCAGUGGCCAAGCGGGUGCCGGCGGUGGGGUGGAUGCCCCGGUACACCCGGCUGGAUGCCACGGGAGACCUGGUCGCUGGACUGACCCUGGGGCUGACGCUGGUGCCGCAAGCGAUAGCGUAUGCCUCGCUGGCGGGGCUGCCUGUGCAUGUUGGACUGUAUUCGAGUUUUGUUGGAACACUAGUCUACGUGUUAUUCGGAACAGUGAAAGAGGUGUCCAUUGGACCCACCUCUCUGAUGGCGUUGCUGACGCUACAAGUGUGCCGCGGGCUGCCUCUGGAGUACGUGACGUUGCUGACCCUACUGUCCGGGGUAGUUGUUUCUGUGAUGGGGUUGUUGCAAAUGGGCUUCCUAGUAGAACUCAUAUCGCCAUCAGUGACGUCUGGCUUCACCUCCGGGACAGCAGUCAUCGUGAUGGCUGCCCAGGUGAAGGGGCUUCUCGGCCUCUCCUUCUCGGCCGAGUCUAUACCCGAGAAUGUCCAGCUGAUCGCGGCUAAUGUCAGUGAUAUUAGACUCGGGGAUUGCGUGCUCAGUGCUGUCUGCUGCACUGUGUUGCUGUCUUUGAGGAAACUGAAGGAUGUCAAAACGAAGUCUGCCAAGCUGCAGAGCAUUUUAUGGCUUAUAUCUAUAAGCAGAAACGCUAUAGUUGUGUGUGCUGCGUCGGUCUUCGCCUUCAUAGUCCACAACCCUGUGGAUCCUUGGUUCAAGCUCUCUGGUCGCGUAUCAGCCGGCCUCCCCUCCCUCUCCAUCCCCGCCUUCAGCGUGUUGAACCCCGACGGCAGCGUGACGGGAACCUCCGCCAUGCUGCACGAGCUGGGAGCCGCCGUGCUGGUGCUGCCGGUUGUCAUGGUGCUGGCGAAUAUCGCUAUUGCUAAGGCUUUCACCGGCGGCCGCCAAGUGGAAGCCUCACAAGAGAUGCUAACCCUCGGGCUGUGCAACGUCCUGGGCUCGUUCGUGGGCGCGAUGCCGACGUGUGGCGCGUUCACCCGCUCCGCCGUGUCGCACAGCAGCGGCGUGCGCACCCCCGCCGCCGGGAUCUAUUCAGCCAUGAUAGUGCUGGUGGCGCUGAGCUUCAUGACGGAGUACUUCUACUUCAUCCCGAAGGCGUGCCUCUCGUCUGUCCUCAUCUGCGCCGUCAUGUUCAUGAUAGACUUCGCGAUCUUCCGCCGUCUCUGGCGCUCCAGCAAGCAGGAGUUCUUCAUCCUGCUGCUCACCUUCUCCUCCAGUGUCCUGCUUAGCGUGGAGCUGUCUGUACUGGGCGGGGCCGUGGCGAGUGUCGCCGCUUUACUGAGGGGAGUUGCGCGGCCGCCGGUGGAGGUUACUACGUUAAAGAUCCCCGGCGGCAUCAUCGGCACCCGAGUCCGUCCGACCCUGGCGCUAGUCUACAUGAACAUGACCCACGUGCUGAGCGCAGUGCCGCGCGCGUCGCCCGUGUUCCUCGACCUGUCGCGGGUCACGCUGCUGGACCACGCCGCCACCGAGGCACUAGAGCGUCUACAAAAGAAGAUGAGCGACAACGGGCAAAAACUCAUCAUUUACAACGCGACACCAGAAAUCCUGCCCCAACUGGAAGCAGGGUCCGGAACCCCGGAACAAUCACUCGACAUCCAUAGACUAAGAGCUAGAACAGAGCUGGAAGCCCUGACUGACUCUGAAGCUACGGAGAAUGUUGCUCUGCUAACUGGAGAAUUGGAGAAAGAUAUUGAGAAACAGGAAGCGUAGGGCUGUUUGCCAAGGAGUGGUAUUCAGAAUUCAGAGUAUGAUGAGAAUGAGAAAGUUACUUAAGUAUACCGUUGUAGAUUUAUACCGUAUGCGUGAGAGUUCAAAUGUUGUUAGUAAGAGGUGUAGGCAGGGGAAUUAAUAAUAUAAUGAUAAUACUUAACAACAAUGAAUG